GGUCUCUAUUCCUCCUUUUACCCCGUCUUCCUCUACUUCUUCUUCGGGACAUCCAGACACAACUCCGUGGGCCCCUUUGCUGUCAUCUCCGUCAUGAUCGGGAGCCUGACAGACUCCCUGGCACCCAGCGAGAACUUCCUGGAGUCCGUCAACGGCACCAACAUCACGAUAGUCAACGAGGAACUACGCGACGCUGUCAGGGUGGAGCUGGUGGCCACCAUCACUGUCCUGACAGGCAUCUUCCAGGUGGCCCUGGGCCUCCUGCAGUUUGGCUUCGUGGUGACCUACCUCUCAGACCCACUGGUGCGCGGCUACACCACCGCUGCCUCCGUGCACGUCCUCAUCUCCCAGCUCAAGAACGUCUUUGGGGUGUCCCUGGGAGAGCACUCGGGGCCAAUCUCGCUCUUCAAGACCUUCAUCGAGAUCUGCCAGAAGCUGCCAGAGACCAAUGUGGGCACCCUGGUGACGGCCAUCAUUGCCAUGGUGGCCAUCUUCAUCGUCAAAGAGCUCAACCACAAGUUCGCUGCCAAGCUGCCGAUGCCCAUCCCCAUCGAGCUUAUCACGAUCAUCAUCUCCACCGGCAUCUCCUACGGCGUCAACCUGAACGCCAAGUUCGACAUCUCCGUGGUGGGCAACAUCCCCAGCGGGUUGAAGCCGCCCGUGGUCCCUAACGUCAGCUACUUCGGGCAGGUGGUGGGCAACGCCUUCGCCAUCGCUGUGGUGGGCUACGCCAUCUGCAUCUCCCUGGGCAAGAUCUUUGCGCUGAAGCACGGCUACAAAGUGGACAGCAACCAGGAGCUGAUCGCCCUGGGCCUCUGCAACUUCCUGGGGGGCUUCUUCCAGUGUUUCGCCAUCAGCUGCUCCAUGUCACGGAGCCUGGUGCAGGAGAGCACAGGGGGCAACAGCCAGGUAGCCGGUGUCAUCGCAUCCCUGGUCAUCCUGGUGACCAUCCUGAAGAUCGGAGAGCUCUUCCGGGACCUGCCCAAGGCCAUCCUGUCUGCCAUCAUCAUCGUCAACCUCAAGGGCAUGUUCAAGCAGUUCAAUGACAUCUGCCUGCUCUGGAAGUCCAACCGGGUGGACCUGAUCGUCUGGAUUGUGACGUUCGUGGCCACCCUCACGCUGAACUUGGACAUCGGCCUGGGGGUCUCGGUGGCCUUCGGGCUGCUCACCGUCAUCUUCCGCACCCAGCUCCCCCGCUACUCCAUCCUGGGGCGCAUCUCCAACACCAGUGUCUACAGGGACGUGGCCGAAUACCAGAUGGCACAGGAGGUCCCGGGCGUGAAGAUCUUCCGCUCCUCCGCCACCCUCUAUUUUGCCAACGUGGAGCUGUACGCUGAGGCGCUGAAGAAGAAGAGCGGCAUCAACGUGGACCGCCUGAUCGAGAAGAAGAAGAAGGCCCUCAAGAAGCUGAAGAAACAGCAGAAGAAAGCAGAGAAGGAGAAGGCAAAGAGGAAAAAGGACACAGAGGAUGGGCGCAAUGGUCCGGGCGUGGUGGUGAUCGAUCUGAGCCGAGCGGAGGGCAGCGCACCCCCCAAGCCCACCCUGCGCACCCUGGGGCUGCCCCAGCCCAGCCUGCACGCCAUCAUCUUGGACUUCAGCCCCGUCAGCUUCGUGGACACUGUCUCCAUCAAGAUCCUGAAGAAUAUCUUCAGGGAUUUCCGUGAGAUAGAAGUGGACGUCUUCGUUGCCAGCUGCCCGGCAUCCGUAGUCACCCAGAUGGAGCGGGGCAACUUCUUCGGCUCGGCCAUCACCAAGCACUGCUUCUUCCCCUCGGUGCACGACGCCGUGGUCCACAUCAGCCGGGAGCGGCGCUGGGCCUCG